GGAUCACCCGCAUAUUUGAGUCUCCAAAUUGGUCGGAGCUCCAUCCACCUUGUAACGAACCCUUGUUCUGGUUGCUGUCUAGGUGCGAAGCCAAAUGAAUCAUGCGAUGACUAUGGCUGGAAGGAGGUUAUUUGCCUUUGCUUGUUCCGCUUCAACCCCUUUUUCUCAAUCUCAAUCGAAAUAUAAACUUCCAACGUAUUUUUGCUUUCCUCGGUUUUUCUGCUUCUCCAGAUUAGAGGAUGAUUCUUUUGGUGAUAAAUUUCUUAAAUGGCAUAAUGGUGGUGGCACUUUCCACGAGUCAGCUUGCAUCGACUCCACAGCACUUGUAGAGGUUGGCGCUGUAGUUCAUUCAGAAUCUGUUGUUGGCCCAAAUGUUCGUAUAGGUUCUGGAACUAUUGUUGGACCUUCUGUUACCAUUGCUCAUUCAACUAAGAUAGGGUAUAAUGUCUCACUUAGUAAUUGCUGUAUAGGUGAUUCAUGUGUAGUCCAUAACGGCGUCUGCAUUGGUCAAGAUGGAUUUGGAUUUUACGUUGAUGAUGACGGUAACAUGAUAAAAAAGCCUCAGACAUUGAAUGUAAUAAUAGGGAACAAUGUGGAAAUUGGUUCAAAUACAUGCAUUGACAGAGGCAGCUGGCGAGAUACAGUUAUUGGGGACAAUUCAAAGAUAGAUAAUUUAGUUCAGAUUGGCCAUAAUGUAGUAAUUGGGAAGAAUUGUUUGCUUUGUGGACAAGUUGGGAUUGCAGGUUCAGCAACCAUAGGAGAUUAUGUGACUAUGGGAGGAAGGGUAGCAGUGCGAGAUCAUGUAUCUAUCAUAUCAAAGGUAUGUAUUUGUUUCCUGGUCUCACAAUGCUAACCUUUCAUAGCCUCGGUGCAUUGAGGAUGGCUUGCGAUUAGUUAUUAGUGAAUGAAUAAAUGGAUAUCAUGUGUAUGUUACGAGACCAAUUCUAUCCUCAAUCAAUUAGCUAGAUAGGUUUUGGAAAGUAGUAGAGUAGAAGUUUUCAAAGACAAUGGGAAUACAUACAAUGCGAGUUGGUU